AGUAUCGUGAGCUACGUAAUGCGCAUGGAAAAUCUGAUGGUGGAGAUAAAUGGAUUGAGGAGGUUGACAGUCGAGAUGGUCGAAAAUAUACAAUAAUGAAGAAAUUAGGUGAAAUCCUAGGAAAACCCGACACAGUGGCUGCAGAAAUUGUCGCUCAUCUUGGAGAACCUGAUCAAUUGACUACAAGUCUUAAUCAGGCAGAUCCUGUGGUAGCCUUGAUGCCUGGUCCAGUAAUUGGGAAUCAACCUGGCGUAACAACAAGUGGUGCUCAGGAAUAUUAUCUUGUGUAUUUCUGGCGUGAGAAGAAUGAUUAUAUGUACUUCAAGAUCGAUGCUAACCGAGAAAAAGUCAUUUCGCACGAUUGGAAACAUGCUGCCACUGAAUCCAAAUAA